AUGACCAGGAUAUACGUUGGAGCUGACAUCCCAGCCCGAAUAAUAGCACCAGAUGCACCAAAAUCCGAGGACUUUCGGACCUACGUGUCUUCAGAAGCCUCAACAGACAAAGUUGAACCAGGAUGCAAAUUCUUCAAAGUUUUCAACACGAGAACAAGGUUUUUGAUCAUGGUUAAUGUCUUGCUAUGUUUGGCUUCAGUUUGGUCGAAUAUAUUGGCAUUUAACUUCGCUUUAGUUUGCUUUAAUGAUGCGCCUGAAGGAGAAGAAGAUGAAGCCGUGUUCACGCCCAAUCAACGAUCGUUCUUAACUUCUAUUGUUGCUGCGACAGCUUUUGUCGCCAAUUUUAUUGUUGUGCAGUUGGUGAGUUACCUAUGUUUUUUACCCUACCCUACCCUGCCCUGUCCUGCCGUGCGCUGUCUUUCCCCGCCUUCUGCCCUUACCAUAUUUUGCCUUAUCCUUGAGGUGGAUGUGUUCUAUUUUUGCUCUACCUUUGUCCCUAUCUUAAUAUAAAAAAAAUUAAAUUUCAGGUCAACCGCUUCGGAAUACGCACCCUCUUCACCAUCCUAGGCCUACUCUCCGCCGCCUCCACCGCCCUCUUGCCACUAGCUAUAUCAAAUGGCUACUACUACACCCUAGUACUUCGUGGUCUUCAAGGAAUUGCAUUUUCCGCUAAUUUCCCAGUGAUCGGCGCCUUCACUUCCAAAUGGACAUACUACAAGCAGAACGGUCUUGUCGUGUCAUCUUUGGUAGCUUAUGUCCAACUGUCACCAGCGCUUACCAUGCCCAUUAGUGGAGCGUUGUGUGAGAGUUCGAUGAAAUGGCCUUCAGUAUUCUAUGCUCAUGCCAUUGUCAGUGCAAUACUGUUUGUACUCUUUGGUGUUUUUUAUAGGAAUAGUCCUGGUAAGUUAGGGUACAUGGCUUUGUCGGUAAUAGGGUAUUGCCUAGGAGUAAGGCGGGUGAUUUUUUGCAAGAGGAGGGGGGGGGGAGAGGGGGGGGAGAAGAAAGGAGCAAAAAAAGAAUUUUUUUUCCUUUUUACUUGAGCUGUGUAUUUAAAAAAUUGAAAAAAAGGUUUCACCCCCUCCCUGUUCCAAAAAAAAUCCAACCCCCCCCCCAGUUCCAAUAUUUUUUUUUCAAAAGUUGAACUUGUUAUAACCCAAAAAACAAGCUAUACUAUUUUUAAAAAAUCCAAAUUUUUCAGAAAAACACCCCUUCGUUGGAGACACCGAGCUGAACAAAGUCAAGAAGUUCAAGUCGAAUCAAACCAAAAAAGAGCUCCGUGCCAUUCCCUACCUCCAGAUCCUCAAAACCCCUGCCGUUUGGGCGGUGUGGAUCGGUGGCAUUGGCAACUUUGUCUGUGUCAACAUGAUGUUCCUCUACUCCCCCACCUACAUGUCAAAAGUUCUCGGAUUCCCAGUGCAUAGUACUGGCAUCUCAUCAGCUUUGGCACCAUUGGCUCAGUUCUUGAUCAAACUGACCGCUGGAGUUACCAGUGAUAAGAUACGAUGUUUGAAUGAGACGAACAAGUUGAGGCUGUACAACUCUGUAGCGUUCUUUGGAGGAGCGUUACUGUUGUCAGUAUUGGCGUUCUGGCCUUCUGAUCAGCACAACUUUAUGUUGUUAUUGUUUGGAGCUUCAGCUGGGCUUCUGGGCUUCACCACGGGCGGGUUCUUCAAAGCUGGACCGUUGGUUAGCAAGCAGUAUAGUCAUUUUGUCACUGGCAAUAUUUCACAAAGUACGUUUUUUGGAUUUUGAAGGGUAAAACAAUAAUAAUUUUAAAAAAGUUUUAAUCUACCCCAAAAAUUUUUUAAAAAAUUUACCCUACCUAAAAUUUUUUUUUAAAUUUAUUUCGCCCAAAAUUUUUUUAAAAUUUACCCUACCCCAAAAAAAUUUUAAAAAAAUAUUUUGGUUCUUUUUAAAAAAAACUCAUAAAUUUUUUUUAAUUUUAAAUUCUAUCUACUACAACAUCCUCCCAACCCUCAAUUUUCAGCGAUAACCUUAACCAUGUUAAUCGUCCCCUUCCUGGUGAAUGGCCUAGCCCCCGACAAUACCGCCGACCAAUGGACGUGGGUAUUCGUAGUGACAGCCGUCGUAUUGGCCGUGACCAAUCUACUUUUCCUUAUCAUGGUAUCAGCUCAACCCGCAUCAUGGACACAGUCGUUGAGCAACGAAAGCUCGGUGAACUCUUCCACCACCACUCAAGCAUAA